AAAACUGUGUUCCUGAAAACAUUGAAUGAACAACGUUUGGAAGGAGAAUUUUGUGACAUAGCUAUUGUGGUUGAAGAUGUUAAGUUCAGAGCCCAUAGAAGACAUCAUGUAUAAAAGCAGGUGUGCGUCAGCUCCGAGCCACCGAGGUUUUCCAGCCUGAUAAACAGGUCCCAGGGUACUACAAACAGUGCUUACAGGAACAAAGCAUUGUAGUGGCACUGCAGAUUGCUCAAACAGGAGGAUGGGGUAUACUAGAGCUCCACUCUGAGAUCAAAACCUCACUUCUUUCUACUAUAGAAUUUGGAAAUGUGUCUCUGCUAGAUCCAGAGUCAUUAGCCAAGGACUUGACUGGACUGAAUUCCUUGCUGUAUAAAAGAAUUCCUGUGUAAUGGAAAGCCUCUGAAUUUUGGACUGUGAUUCAUUCAUCUGUCUCGGUGAAGGGACUGGCAACUUGCAGAGAUGUGGCAGGUGGGAGCAACGAUUGCUUUGCUUCUACUGCACAGUUGUAUGUGCAGUGAUGUUUUAGGUGAGUCAGUUAAUCUUUUAUUUAAACCUCCUGAAUUUAUCUAGGUCCUUAUUUCAUGUUGAUUGGCUUUUGCUUUGGGUUCAGCUUCUCUAAUUUUGACUUCCAUCUAAAAGAGAAAGAUGCCAAUUUACCUAUGGGACUGUUGAAAGAUAACCAUUCAUGGGUGUGAGGCAUUCAGAUGAGAAGGUGGCAAUAAAACCAGCUAGAUGGAAUGGGGCUUUUGGGAUCUAUUUACAGACUGUGGAAGUCCUGUGGUGGACUCAUCUUUUUGCUACUUAGAAAACCCUGCAAUAAACAAAACAAAGAAACAAACAAAAACCCAAACCCCACCCUAAAACUGUACAGCUAUUUCUCCUAGACUCUGUCUAAAAUUUAUUCAUAUUUGUAAAUCUCAGCCCUGGACUACUGUGCAGUUUAUCAGAUCAAUUAAGAAAUAUUAAUAGACUGAUGAAUUGAAACUGUGGUGGCCACAUUUAUCUUCAAUGGUAUUCACUUUUUCCUGUCUUGAGAAAUGUUGCAUGUUCUUGCUUCUGGCUUUCAAGGUGUCAUGUCUUUAGCUGCUGGAAAUCUGUGCAUCAUUAUUCUUCUGGAGCACUCACAGAAAGGUGAGAAGCCAGGGACGGAGCAAGAUGAAGUUAAGCUGCAGAACGCCAGCAAGCAGAUUGUGCAGACUGCUAUCCUCCGAGCAGUGCAGCAAGUUUCCCAGGAGAGCCAGCAAAAGGAGAAGCGAACAAACAGUACAAGCCUCCAGCUAGAAAGAGGAAAACUAACCAAGAAGCAUGAAAAGAAGUAAGGGAGCAGAUUGGGUUUUUUCAGUCCUCCAGUCUGCAGAGUUUUCAGCCUUCUCUUUAGUAUCAGCUGUAUUGCCAGUGCAAUGCUACUGUUGUAAAGCAAACCAAAGUAUUAUCACACCUAGACAUAGGGUAAAACUGCAAUAGUCCUCAGCUGAGAAAUAUUAAGUGCAUUAGAUGAAUAACUCCAUACUUAUGCAGUGCCUCUUAACAGAAACAAUAACCAUAGUUAUAAAAGUAGUUUGAAGCACAAACUCUUAUGAUAUGAACUUAUUCUCAAAAGCUUGUUGUCAGAGCACUUUCAUGUUAAGUUCUGCGUGCAACAUUUAUGUCAGUUCAGCUGGAUGGACUCUUCUUUGAGCGAAUGGGUUCACUGAAGUUGUCUUUACCGAAGAAUUAGUUUACUGUCAAGUAUAGCAGAAUGAUUUCAGACUCCCCUGAAGCACGGGUUUGUACUUUGCUUUGAUUAGACAUGAGCUAUGUGAAAUGGAGUAUAAAGUGGAUUUGGCAAGUUCUGUGAGCCAAUUUCUUUUUUCAUCUUAGAAAAAAAAAGAGCAAUCCAGUAAGACUGCAGUAACUGUGAUCUAUUACUGUGAUCAUAUACCUAUGAUCUCUGUCUUUUUUUAAGAAAGUUAAAAUAAGUACUGAAGUUUUAGUCUACUUAUUUGAAAUACUUCUAUACUUCUGCAUAAAAAUCACUUGUGCCUCAACUAUUCCUUUUAAUUUUCUUGAUAUUGAAAGAAGAUAACCUGAUGCAAUGAUAAGGAGUUUGCCAAUAUAUUCUUCAGUUUUGCAGCUUUUCUGGGGCUUGAUUUACAAGACUGGAGCGUCUUAAAAAAGGGGUUGAAUUUAUUAAUAUCUUGAAGGAUGAAAAUAUACUGUGUCUGAAUUCUGUCAUGGUAGAUAUUUCUCACAUGCUGUGCGUAAAGUGACUUUAUAUAUUUGCAAUUGUAACAUAGAUUCACCUUAAAUAGCAUUGCAUUAAGCUGGUAAUACAGAGCUUACCCUUUAAGUGCUCUAUAUAGCUGAAGAAAUCCAUGAUGUUUCAGAAAAUACAAAUUAAAUAAAUGUUCCCUUCACUUUUAUGCUCCCUUUCUGUAAUGAUGAUUGCGCUACUAUAUGUCUGAAAUUAAUAACUGUACAUUUAAUUCUAGAAAUGGCUUGUAGCUCUGCUUCAACUGAAUUCCUGCAGUAAUGCACCUAGAAAUACAGAGAAGCAGAUGUUCUGCAAACCUGUGAACUAUUUUUCUACUCAGCUAGGUGGUUCUCAAAGCGGUUGUGGGUUAAGCAAUUGGCUAUUACUUACUGUGUCCUGUUGCUUGUGUUAAACAAUUUUGGAUUCGUCAUGGCCAGAGGCUUAGCCAUUAAUAGCCACAUACUGUAAUAUUAAGUUUUUAAAUUUGCUUGGUUUCUUUCUUUUUUUUUUUUUAACUUAACAGCACUGACUCAUACAAGAUAAUAAUUUAGCUCAAUCUUCUUUCACUUAAAAAUUAAAAGAAGAAUUCAAUAUGAUUACAGUUGUUUCAAAUCAU